GUGCAGACAUUGCUUCAGCAAAUGCAGGACAAAUUUCAAACCAUGUCUGACCAAAUAAUUGGAAGAAUUGAUGACAUGAGCUGUCGCAUAGAUGACCUGGAGAAGAACAUAGCAGACCUCAUGACGCAAGCGGGAGUAGAAGAAUUGGAAGGCGAGAACAAGACCCCUGCUACUAACAAGAGUUAA